AUGGCAGUUCGAUCACGUAUUGCUCUCGCGGUCCGCAGAGCUAGGGUAUCGCCGGCGUCAUCUUCAUGCUCGAAGAUAAGAUCAUUACGACUAUUAACUCAAACUCGAUGGCAAAGUACAGCUAGUACGGAGGAUACCGAAGGAAUAGCCAAAGGAACAACUGGCACAUCGAAGACCAUAAAAUUUACAUCCGAAACAUACCCUGAUAUAAAGCGAGACUCAAGGUUUGCACAAAUCACCGAGGAGAAUGUGAAGUUUUUCAAGGAUUUACUGGGGAAGGAAUCUGCGAUUAUUGAUGGAGUUACAAAAGAUGCAACAGAUGAUCUUGAACCUUUCAAUGGAGAUUGGAUGCGCAAAUAUAGAGGACAUACAAGUUUAGUUUUGAAGCCUGGAUCCACUGAAGAAGUGAGCAAGAUUUUGAAAUACUGCAAUGAUAAUAUGUUAGCAGUUGUACCACAGGGUGGAAACACUGGACUUGUCGGUGGUUCCGUUCCUGUAUUCGAUGAAAUUGUUAUCAACAUGAGCCGAAUGAACCAAAUUCGAUCGUUUGAUGAGGUUUCAGGUACCCUUGUUGUAGAUGCCGGUGUUGUUCUGGAAGUUGCGGACAAUUAUUUGGCAGAGCGCAAACACAUCUUCCCAUUAGAUCUAGGCGCAAAGGGAUCAUGUCAUAUUGGAGGUAAUGUAGCAACAAAUGCUGGAGGUUUGAGGCUGUUGCGAUAUGGAAGUUUACACGGAAAUGUUCUCGGAAUCGAGGCAGUUCUACCAGAUGGAACAAUUGUCGAUGAUCUCUCCAAAUUGCGAAAAAACAAUACUGGUUAUGACUUGAAACAAUUGUUCAUCGGUGGUGAAGGUACAAUCGGUAUAAUCACUGGAAUCUCAAUCAUUUGUCCUCAGCGAUCAAACGCCAUCAAUGUCGCAUUCUUUGGCCUCGAAUCUUUCGAAAAGGUCCAUGAAGCCUUUAAAGAGGCAAAAGGUCAACUUUCUGAAAUCCUCUCUGCUUUCGAACUUAUGGACAGUCAUAGCCAAGAUUUAGUUCAAAGAGUAACGAAAAAUAAGAGACCAUUGGAGGGUGAGUAUCCUUUCUACUGUCUCAUCGAAACCAGCGGUUCCAAUUCCGAACAUGACCAAGAGAAAUUGAACAAUUUCCUCGAACAUGUCAUGGAGAAAGAAAUCGUCUCGGACGGUACUUUGGCCGAGAAUGCAACACAAAUUAAGGAUCUCUGGAGCUGGAGAGAAGGUAUUCCCGAAUGUCUCGGCCACUGGGGUGGUGUCUACAAAUACGAUCUUUCCAUCCCUUUGAAAGAACUUUAUCAACUCGUCGAAGAUGUACGAGAAAAAAUUACUGAAGCUGGUCUCAUCGGCGAUACUGAAGAUCACCCAGUCGUAGGCGUAGUAGGUUAUGGUCACAUGGGAGAUUCGAAUUUGCAUCUCAAUGUAGCUACUCGAAGCUAUGAUAAAAGAGUUGAGAAAGUAUUAGAACCAUUUGUGUAUGAAUGGAUUUCUAAGAGGAAUGGAAGUAUCAGUGCCGAGCAUGGGCUAGGCUUGGCGAAGAAAAAUUACAUUGGAUAUAGUAGAAGUGAGACGAUGAUUGGGUUGAUGAAGGGGAUUAAGAACCUCUAUGAUCCUAACGGAAUCAUGAAUCCAUAUAAAUAUAUCUGA